CGGCCCGCGCUCAGUGUCUGUCGGACUGUUAAUGCGCAGCGGUUAGCAGGUUGGCAGCCAAACAGUCGCAGGUUCGGUGUAGUGUGUUGGUGCGCCCCGGCCGUGUGAGGAGUGAGGAGCAUGUCGGAUUUAGGGAGCGGCGAUGAGGGGUCGAACUCGCAGAAAUACCACCAAGGGAUGGAGCAAGGAAACACGGAGUAUGACCCAGGUCAGCAGGGCGCGAUGGAACAGGAGCUUGCCACCAAGAUGCUGCAGAUACAGAGCAAGCGCUUCUAUCUAGACGUGAAACAAAAUCGACGCGGGCGUUUUAUAAAAGUUGCUGAGAUAGGAGCAGAUGGACGAAGAUCGCAGAUAUUCCUCGCGCUGUCAACCGCCGGCGAGUUCCGCGACCACCUCAGCACCUUCAGCGACUUCUACUCGUCGCUGGGGCCGCCCAACCCCGACUCGGUGCCGGAGGACGGCAAGCUGAAGAGCGAGAUGAUGGUGAAGGACAAUCGCCGCUACUACCUGGACCUGAAGGAGAACUCGCGCGGGCGCUUUCUGCGCGUCUCGCAGACGAUCACGCGCGGCGGGCCGCGCUCACAGGUCGCCAUACCAGCGCAGGGCAUGAUCGAGUUCCGCGACGCGCUCACCGACCUGCUCGACGAGUUCGGCUGCGACGAGCACGCCUACAAACCGGACCUGCCCGAGGGCCGGCAUCUGCACGUCGACUCGAAGAACUUCUACUUCGACGUCGGGCAGAACAAUCGCGGCAUCUACAUGCGCAUCUCGGAGGUGAAGACCAACUUCCGCACGGCGAUCACGGUGCCGGAGAAGAUCUGGCCGCGGUUUCGCGAUAUUCUCGCCGACUAUUGCGACAAGAUCAAGCAGAACCACGCCGACCAGCCGCUGGUAAGAUCCAGCAGCAGCGGGCGCAACAGUGAUGCCGCGUCUAACGAUGCAUCGUUUACUGUGCAGGGCAAUGGCACGGGUGGUGGCGGCGGCGGCGGCAGCGGCGGGCAAUCGCAGGACGCCGGCGGCAAGUAAAACUCUCGGAGCGCCGCCUCAUCCACAAUGCUGCUGCGAGCGCGUCCAGCUCUCCCAACAAACACACAACACACAUCCGCUCCGCUCUACUAAAACAGCCUCACAGGUCGCAAGAAAGGCAACACUAAAACAAAAAACAAAACAGUAAUCAUAUAGAAAAGCGCGUUCUUCGAUUUAAUAAUUGAGCAAAAUAACUCAGCUAGUAGGAAGCGGGGCAUUUUAUGCGUACAACUAAACAUUCCCACCCUCUUUUUGAUAAAAAAAAAAAAACAAAAAUUCUAACGCAACUAAAUCGAGAUUUAACCUUUUGACCUUCAAAAAGAGGGUGUGCGGAGAGUAGUCUACAGUUGUCAGUAACAAAAACAAAUGUGUAAUUUAAUAAUAGCGCCUAUAAAAUAGGACAAAGUAAGGUUUCAUUUCUUGCGGAGGUAUUGCAAGAAAGUAAAGAAAAUGUCGGCGCGCAGUCGCAGCCCCCUCACACACACCAUGCGCGCGCAUCUUUCGUUUUUAUUUGCGUCUUCUUUGGUUUAAUUAUUUAUUUAAUUGUUGAGUUUUUAAUGUUUAAUAGGUCCCACACCCCCCACCCAACUGAGAUUGCUAAUUACUAAUUACUAAUCAUACUAGUCAUAUAGUUUUUUUGUUUCGAUUGCCACGCCAUUAUUUUUUUUUUUCAUUGUUUGUUUGUUAAUAUUAAUAUUAACCUCUCUUUGUCACUUACUUGAUCUUUCUGGAUAUGUAAUAUGUAAUGUUAGUGAUAUUAGAGAAUUGUCGCAGCGCGCCGGCGUUUAUUUUUGUUCGCACAGCCGGCGUGCGCGUGGUAACUGCGCAUGAAUUACUACACAGAGAUACAGAGGUGGUGGGCUCGGCUAGCAGCGGCUUGUUCUCUUCGUUUUCCGCCAUUUUGUGUGACGCAGCGCCGCAGUGAUGAUGAUGAUCACCUCAAACUGUCCACACUCGAUUCCAACCUAAAAAUCAGGUUAAAAGUGGUUUUUAGGUUGUGAAUUCGGUGUGGCUGUGCGUGAUUGUUAACCAACUGCCAAAAACAAAACAAAUGCAAUUUGUUUCUACACACACGUGCGUGAACGUUGUUUUUGAGUUUUUGAAACAACGCUAAACUAAACUUUAAAAAAAAGAAGAAGAAGAAAAAAACGCAAACAUUUGUUGAGAAUCUUUAGAAAUUUACUACCAUACACAGAAAAAAAAAGAAUUUAUUUAUUUUACGAAUGGAUUAUAUUAUUGAUUAUCGAAUAAUUAUUUAUGUUGAUUGUUUAAACUGCGUUUAAACGUGACACCCACACGAAUACAGUGACACACUAGAAUCCAGUUGAAAAUGAGAUCAAAAAAACAAUCACCGAGAAUAACUAUGAACUAAUGCUGGACAUUAAAUAGGUUAUUAUAAGCGCGGAGAAAAAACUUUCAAAACAUGCGGAUGAUAAACAUAUUAAUAUUAUUAAAUGAUUCUAGUUAGUGAGAGGAGAUUUUUCAAUUUACGAACAUUUGACAUUCUGCCACAUACACACACACACACAACCAAUGUUUCAAUUCGAUUUGUCCACGAAACAAAGAGAGAACGCGAUGAUGAAACAAUUAAGAUAUAUUGUAGGCUGUUUACAAUUAAUUAUAUAAUUGAUGAUAAAGAGAAAUAUUCAAAUCACGCGAGUAUCGCGGGUGGCGGACCGCGAACCGCCGCCGGCGACACGUGCAUCGUACAAGUACAAGUUGAUGUUUAAGUACAUAAUUAAAUUUGAGAAUUCCACACACAUAGCGAAUGCAAAAUACAAAAAUUAUACAAAAACAGUUAAAAUCCAGCAGUUGACAGUUGACACCGACGACGGCGCAUGCGCAUCAUGUGUCUGUCAUUUUUCACAAGAUGAUAAUGCAGAUUGUGUUGUAUGCGUCGUGGUUUUAAAUGAUAUUGAAUUGAAUUGAUGUGAAACGUUUCGCUGUGGGAAGGCGGCUGAUGAUUAUGGCGUGUGUGGCGGAGAAAUCGAAACAGUAUUGAUUCAGUACAAAGAAAACCUAAAAAUUUAUUCAAUUGGUCCAUGAUGAUGACAGAUGAGAUGCGCAUGCGCGCCUUCCCGCAGUUCACUUCAGAGCAGUUGAGCAGUUUGUUUUUGUGUUAAUUCGGUAGUCUCUCCGAGAGUUUCUCGCGGUGGUUUUUAGUUGGUUUCGUUCGUGUACAACUACUCGCCAAGUGUAAAUUUAAAUAUGAGAUGACAGAAAAAUAAGUUUGGUUAGAUCCGACGCAAUUAUUCGAAAUUACAAAAUUCGGGUAACAAAAAUUCAAAAAACAGAUGAAUAUUUGAUGAAUGAUUAUUAUAAAUAAGAUGAUUUAAUGAUAAAAAUAAAUAAAAUAAAUUUUUAA